AUCCUCCAGAGCACUUGCAACCCCUCCCUGCUUGGUCUCGUCCGCAAACUUUAUAAGUGUAACAGAGAGACUCUGCUACUGGGAGGGUUUCACCAUGUCUCAGAGGGUUACACCCUGGUGCGAGGGGGCUAGGUCUGUACUGGAAUAAGGUCAUUCUGUGCUUCACAGUGUGGCAGAACCUAGAAUAUCCAUUAGCAGGGGAAAUCCUGAGGGGAAUCGGCAUGUGGAAUGGACAAAAAACCCCUUUGAAUUCUAUCACAUUGCCCUUCUCGCCCUGGUAGGUUACAGAAUAACGUUCAGGUUUCACUCCAGAUCAUCCCAUUCUCCCAGGGGGAAGGAAAUGGCUUCAAUGGAGCUGGCUCAGGGGCCGGUGACUUUUGAGGAGGUAGCUGUGUAUUUCACCAGGGAAGAGUGGGCUCUGCUGGACCUCACUCAGAGAGCCCUGUACAGGGAUGUCAUACAGGAGAACUAUGAGACGGUGGUCUUUCUAGUAGGGUUUCCAAUUUCCAAACCUGAUGUGAUCUCGCAGCUGGAACAAGGGGAAGAGCCUUCGGUCCGAGACCUCCAGGGCUCUGAGAAAGAAGUGCUCCCGAGAGCUGCCUGCACAGAUAUGACCUUGGGAUCCCAGCCUCUCUCUUUGUUACUGCCGGCUGAACAGCUGCGCAGAAUUAGAAAGCGGCCAUGAAGAACUAAAGAGAACUUUUCUGAAUGAGGUCAUGAUGCACCCUGUGGCUGAAAAACAAGGACCAAAAGGAGAACACGGUGCCCCAGAAUGAAGCCAUGGAGUGGCUCUUAAAUGUUAUGAAGUGCCAAGCAGACAUGCUCCAGGUGCUACUAGCACUGCAAACCAAACAGCUCCAUGACCGCCCUCCCCGGCAUCUGCUGUCACAAAAAUCUUUCCCAUGCACCCCCCAGACAGUGCCAAAGCACUCUUAGCAACCUCCUGGCUCCAGUCUGUACCCGCUGCAUUCCACUCCUGCCCCAUCACAGUCCAGCCCUGUGGACGCUCAGUACCCAGUACAUUCAACACCUGUCCCUCUGUAGUUUAUUCCUGCUCAAGUACUGUACCCACUGCAGUGUACUCCAAAGGAUAAGGUUGCAUAUGAUACCUGGAUAUACACAACUCUUUAACCGUCAUUGGACCCCACCUCCUCAUGGGACCCUCCCUUCCCCCAUCCCCCACAGUGCUGAUGUGCUUUUUUUCCCCUCCUCUGGCGGUUGCUUUUUAAUAAAAGAAUAGUUUUGCUUUGAAAACAAUCUUUUUUCCAUUAAUGGAAAGCAAACAGAGCCUUGCAAAGAAACACGCAAUUCUCUUAAACCUUUGUGAUGCAUCAUCUGCACCAAUCACAAUCAUCUCUUAGCAUUACAAGCACUGCAGUCCCAUGUAUAGCAAUAAAUAUUAGUGGCUUUCAGCUUCAAAUUGCUGCUUCAAGGCAUCCCUGAUUCUUAUGACCCACGCUUCACCCCUCUAACAGCCCAGGUCUCUGGCUGUUGAAAUUCAGCUUCCAGGUGCUGAGCCUCAGCCGUCCAGCCCUGAGUGAAGCUUUCACCCUUCCCUUCACAAACGUUAUGGGGUGUAUAGCACACGGCUAUAAGCAUAGUAAUAUUGUCAUCAGCCAGGUCCAGCCUUCCACAUAGGCAGCGCCAGCAGGCCUGUAAACUGCCAAAAGCACACUCAACAGUCAUUCUGCACUUGCUCAGCCUGUUGUUGAACUGCUCCUUGCUGCUGUCAAGAUGCCCCGUGUAUGGCUUCAUAAGCUACGGAAUUAAGGGGUAAGCAGGGUCUCCCAGUUUCACAAUGGGCAUUUCGACUUCCCCUACAGUGAACUUCUGGUCCAGGAAGAAAGUCCCUGCUUUCAGCUUCCUGAAUAGGCCAGUGUUCUGAAAGAUGUGUGUGUCAUGCCCAUUUCUGGAUCGCUCUGUGUUAAUGUCCGUGAAAUGCCCACGGUCAUCAAGUGCCUGGAGAACCAUAGAAAAAUACCCUUUGUGAUUAAUGUACUCGGUGGCUAGGUAGUCAAGUGCCAGUAUUGGAAUAUACAUGCCAUCUAUCACCCUCCGCAGUUAAGGAAGCCCAUUUGUGCAAAGCCAUGCACAAUGUCACACACUUUUCCCAGGGUCUCAGUCUUUCAGACCAGGGUAUAAUUAAUGGCCCUGCACAUUUGUCAAAACUUGUCCAAUGGUUGACUUUCCUACUCUGAACUGGUUAGAGACUGAUUGGUAGCAAUCUGGAGUAGUCAGCUUCCACAGUGCAAUUGCUUCUCCAAUGAGAGGGCAGCUCUCAUUCUCGUGUCCUUGCACUGCAGGGCUGGGGCGAGCUCAUCACACAGUCCCAUGAAUGUGGCUUUCCUCAUCCGAAAGCUCUGCAGCCACUGCUCAUCAUUCCAGACAUGCAUCACGAUGUGAUCCCACCACUCAAUGCUUGUUUCCUGAGCCCAAAAGUGGUGUUCCACUGUGGUCAGUACCUCCGUUAAUGCCACAAGCGAUCCCAUGUCAUAGCUACUACACAUGGCCAAAUCACUGUUGAACUCCUCUUGCCUUUGUAGUUUAAGUAAUAUCUCCACUGCCACUCGUGAUGUCUUAGUAAGUGCAGACCCAUUCCUACAGACUAAAUAGGCAGAGUGUACAGUACACAAAUUAUUGAAUGAUGGCGCCAAAUGCAGAUGGAAGCACAGGGAUUGCUGAGAUGUGAAGCAACGCAUAACAUGGCAUUCAAGGAGUGCUGGCCACAGUGGAAUGCCACUUUUGGGCUCCCUCCACCUUCCCAAAACUCUUGGUGGCAGAAAAGGAAGUGAUGCUCAGUGUGAUAGCUGCCCAGAGUGCACCGCUCCAAGUACCGCUGUAAGUGCCACAAAUGUGAACACGCUAUUGCGCAGGCAGCUAACAGUAUGAACACACAAUAGCGGUUUCCCUUCAGCGCUCUCUGAGCCGCACUGUAACUCCUGGCACUGUAACUCUGCCAGUGUAGACAUAGCCUCAGAGAGACUGACUGCCAGGAUCUCAGGACUGAUCCCCUCCGGGGAAUGAAGCACAAAGGCGACAGUCUAUGCAGCCUUCACAAGUCUCCCUGUACUGGAAAAGCCUGCUAGCCCAAAGUGCUGGACCAUCUAUGCCAUUACCUGGUUCCUAAACUGCGACUACAGUUCCUACUCCAGGUGAAUCCAAAGACCGAGAGGUGCAGAGACCCAACCCCUUAUCAUCUUAGGAACAUUUUGUUCCUUUUUCUAUUUUGUGUCUGUUUCUUUUUCUUAACUUGGAGACCUCCCAGCCUUUCUAUUAGAUUGUGUGUAACAGUGUGGCUCAGUGUGUGUGUGAACACUUUUGAAAUCUACAAAAGGGACGAUGCUUGGAAGAAUAGUUCCCCAAAUCUUAAUAGUCUUAAAACUCUGCUCUAUGAAAUGACUGAACGCAUGCUCCUCACCUAUGGAAGCAUUGCAAGGAAUUGAGCUUUCAGAUAUGUAUUGUUCAGUGAGAGCUGUUUCAACUUCUUUUACUAAUGUCUUUCUAAGGUCUGUAUGUGUUUUGGGGCGAGAGGACAGGAGAAGUGUUAGCUACACAAUAGUGAAAUCUAAGGAGAAAACUGUAAUUCGCUUUGAGAUUGUAGACUAAAUGUAAGCAAUAAUUUGGUUUUGGUAUUGAAAUAUUCAGCUGGGUAAAGCUGGGUUGCACUGCCUGGGUAAAAAUCUCUGAUUGGGGUUUCGGCAUCACUAAAUAUGCACCUGCCUUCUUGGGUUGCUCUUUUAGUAUUUAUAAGGGUUGAUUUUCUGCUGUAUUAAUCUGAUGGUUUGAUUAAAUUGAUGACUUGAUUCCAAUGCAAUAUCCAUGUUAAAUCAUUGAUUUACUGAUUUGACCUGAACUUUAUCACUGUAUUGUUUAACCCUUAGCUGAGUGGUGUCUAUAGUCAUUUAGCCUUAGUGAUGUGUGCUCUUAGCUUUAUUUGUUCAUGUUAAUAAAACAUAUAACUGGGA